AUGCCUUCUGAAGCCGCGACUCCAGGUCCGUGGGUAGAAACGAUUGCUCCCCAUUACCUCUUCCCGCCUCCCCGUUUCCCCUUCCCGCCUCCCCAAUUCCCCUUCCCGACACCCCAUUUCCUCUUCCCGCUCCCCAUUACCCCUUCGCGCCUCCUCGUUUCCCCUUCCCGCUCCCCAUUACCCCUUCCUGCCUCUGCAAUUCCCCUUCCCGCCACCCCAUUUCCUCUUCUCGCUCCCCAUUAUCCCUUCCCGCCUCCUCGUUUCCCCUUCCCGCUCCCCAUUACCCUUUCCCGCCUCCCCAAUUCCCCUUCCCGCUCCCCAUUACCCCUUCCCGCCUCCCCAAUUCCCCUUCCCGCUCCCCAUUACCCCUUCUCGCCUCCCCAAUUCCCCUUCCCGCUCCCCACUACCCCUUCCCUCCUCCCCGUGACCCCUUCCCGCUUCCCCAUUACCCCUUCCCACUCCCCAUUUCCCCUUCCCGCCUCCCCAAUUCCCCUUCCCGCCUCCCCGCUUCCCCUUCCCACUCCCGAUUAUCCCUUCUCGCCUCCCUUCUCAAACUGCCGAACACACAUCACAGUCGCCGCCCGAUCGCACAGCCUCGCUACCACCCCCUCAUUCCCCCCCUUUCUCCCUCUCAUCCUCCCCCCUGCUCACUGUUAUGUCCCCCCUUCUCUCGCUCAUGUACCCCCCUUCUUCCUCUCAUUUCCCCCCCUUAUCCCUCUCAUUCUCCCCCCUGCUCCUUCUCAUUCCCCCCUUAACCACUCAGUUAAAUGCCACAUAACCUCCCUCUCAUUUCCCCGCAUUCCCCCCCCCUUCCCCCUCUCGUUUCCCCCCAUCUCCCUCUCCUUUCCCCACGUGCUCCUUCUCAUUCCCCCCCCCUUCUCCAUCUCGUUUCCCCCCCGCUCAUUUCCCCCCAUCUCCUUUCAUUUUCCCCCCUUCUCCCUCUCAUAUGCUUCUAACCCCUACCCCAUACCCAUCCAUCCCCUGUCAUACCCUUCCAUUCCCUUCCAUACCCUUCCAUACCUUCCAUUCCCUUCCAUACCCUUCCAUUCCCUUCCAUACCCUUCCAUUCCCUUCCAUACCCUUCCAUUCCCUUCCAUACCCUUCCAUACCUACCAUUCCCUUCCAUACCCCAGCCAUACCCUUCCAUACCCUUCCAUUCCCUUCCAUACACUUCCAUUCCCUUCCAUACACUUCCAUUCCCUGCCAUUCCCUUCCAUUCCCUGCAUUCGUGCACAGGCAUAUGACUAG